AAUCCUGAAUAUUUGGCACUUGUUGGGAUGAAGGAUUUGCUGUUGGAGUGCAUAUUUGAUGCUUACUUCUUCUUGUUUCAUAAUUCAUUCCCUUUCCAGGGUUUUUUCUCUGGAACCAAUCAACUCCUGCCGGAAAGUGAAAAUAAUCUAUGAGUUUGUACCAACCUAAUUUGGAUGUCCCAUAAGAAACCCAGUUCCUUUUGAUUUUGUUUUUGGAGGAUGAAGAAAAUAGCUACUGCAAGGGACCUGCUGAGUCGAGUGUUACUUUCUCAGCUGAAAAAAAUUGAGCCUGGAUUCAAUGCAGAAAUACCCAAAUGAAAGGGUAGAUACAUCGCUAGGAAAAUAGGCAAGAAUCGAAUAAUUAGCUAGUAUUUUCAAAUGGGUUAUGGGGCAUAUGAACAUCUGAUUAUACAAAUCUAGUCUAUCAUGUGUGCCAUGGCAUUGGAACUAGAAUUAGACUCAUGUGCUUGGUAUGUUCAUGAAGUUCAGGUACAGAUGUCUGAAGAUCCAACUCCUGCGAGGGAGACCACCGGAGAUUGAUCUGAUCAGUUGGGUUCUUAAUACUUUUGGUUCCGAACUUCUGGGCAUUUUCCGGUUCUCUUGUUUCCAGCACAUGUAGUGUGAAUGGACAUACGUUAUAUGAUGUCAUCUAAUUUUUACAACUCAGAAGCCACUCCAGGGAAUAAACUAGCCUUCUGGGGACAAACGCAAACUGCCAUUUACAAUCCUUAAACAAAAGCUUAAAUAGAUUUGUCUGGUAAAUAUCACACAAAUGACAAUCAGAAAAACCGAUUUGAUAACCUCAAAAUGUUUCGCUUUCCUGAAUAAGAUUACACACCAAGAUAAUUAAGUCCUCCAUUUUUUUGAAGGUGACAUCUGCAUUAGUCGGAUCAAUUUAUGAAGGAUUAAAACGAGGUGUUUCCACACCGAGUGCGGUUGGAUUUCUUGUAUGGUUUGGGAAGAGCAAUAUGAAAAUGGCGAUCUGAUUGGUGAUAUCUUCUAUGGAGGUUGAUUUUGAGAAAAUGGGGAAACUAGAAACAACCCCAGAAGCAAAUCUUGAUCAUCAGCAACCCCUAUCAUCGGACGACACAGAUGCAGCCCCAUCUUUACCACCUGCACCUCAUUUCCACACUACCACCUCCUCCCCGGCUCAUGAUGAUCAUCAACAACCACAACACAUGGAGCAGGAACCCCCACAACACCCCACGGCCGAGCCUCGCACGAAUGAUCAUCACGUGCCUCACGUAACACCUCCACCUGACGGUGAACACAGACAAAACCCCUGCUGUGACCUUCCCACCGCAGACCAGUGACAGCCACGCGCCACCCUCAAGCAACCAGCCAGUGCAGUUGGCAUCGGAAACUGCAAACGUGAGGAAGCAGCAGCCACAGUUGGAGAAUGGGAUAGACUCAAUCCCAGCAGAAGCGUUCCCGCCCCAGCCUAGAAUGCAAGUGGUUGAGCCGCCGCGUCCAAACGACCAGCUUGUGGUGUAUGCCGCCCCGCUGCCAGAGGCUAACAAGAUGGAGGGUGGCGGUGCUAAUGCUCUCGUGCCCGUGACUAGGCAGGAGUCUGGACAGAUACAUCUGAUUCUUAUUCAGGCUGUUGGCAACCCCUGGAGGAGUGGCCUCUUUGACUGCUACCAGCACCCUAUCAAUGCAAUGAUAACAACCGUAGCACCAUACGUGACCUUCGGCCAAAUCGCUGAGAUAGUGGACAAUGGCAGUACGAGUUAUGUCACUGGGGCAACGCUUUAAAUUCUACUUGUUCUUUGCAAUAAAUCAUUGGAAUAUUGGAGUUCGGUAUAGACGAAGAGUAAGAGAUGCUUAUCAACUUGCCGAGAUGCCAUUGACUGACCGCCUUGUGCGCCUUGCGUGCCUUGUGUCAGGAGUUCAGAGAGCUUAAAAAUCAAGGCUAUGAUCCAUUUCUAGGUAUAUAUAUAUAUAUAUAUACUUCCUACAGGAUACAAUGGGGUCGUUGCCCAAAUUCAAGAGGAGAUGCGGCAACAGUUCGAUGAAUGGUGCCAUUCCUCUAAUAUUUCAUGGCGUUAUAGUCAUGAAUUCAGUGUUAUAAAAUAAUGUGAUUGAGCUUUAUGUUCAAGAUUUGUGAUAGCUAUA